GUCCUCAGAAUCAUCCUCGGAGUGAGACCUCCUGCCUGUCCGUCCCUCUGUGCGGCUCUCCGUCUCCUCCGCUAGCCGAGCCUGCUAGCUGGCAGCCCGGGAACCAUGGCCAUGUCGCAGGCUCUGUCCGAGGAGGAAUUCCACCGGAUGCAGGCUCAACUGUUGGAGCUGAGAACUCAGAACUAUCAGCUGUCCGAUGACCUCAGGAAGAACUCAGCAGAGCUGAACUCCGUCCGUCAGAAGAAUGUGGUUCUGGAGAGAGACUUCAUCAAAGCUCAGAAGGCUUUAAAUAAAAGCAAGAAAGCUCAGGAGGUGGAAGCUCUGCUCAGUGAGAAUGAGAUGCUUCAGGGGAAGCUGCACAGUCAGGAGGAGGACUUCCGGCUGCAGAACAGCACCCUGAUGACCGAACUGUCCAAGCUGUGUACACAGAUCGAGCAGCUGGAGCAGGAGAACCAGGGCCUGAAGGAAGGGGGUGGAGCCUCAGCAGCCAGCCCACCACCUAACCCCGCCUCCAGCCCCGUAGAUGGGGAGCUGCUCCGCCUCCAGGCUGAAAACUCCACCCUGCAGAAGAAGAUGAAAGCCCUCCAGGAGCGUCAUGACAAAGAGCUGCAGAGGCUGGCGGUUGCUCAGGGCAACCAGGGCGUUGCCACGGAGACUGACGGGUCAGCUGGCCCCAAUGGAGUCUCUGAUGUCACAGGGGGAGGGGAGGAGCCGAUGGGGGGACCCAAUGAGAGACUGGAACAGACGGACUCCCAGCCAACAGACAAACAGCUCCACGGCCUGUCAGAGACGAGCGUAGAGGAGAUUGUAGCUAAGCAGGCAGCGCUAGGCUGGUCGGCUGCUCUCUGUCCAAUAACUCACUGCUUUGGACCAGAGCUGGAGAUGAAACUGAGCACCGAGCAGGAGGAGAAGAGGCUGCUGAGGGAGCAGAUCCAGCACCUGGAGGCAUCCAAACAGGCUGAAAUCACCAAACUGCAGGAGGAGAUUACCAAGCUGACUGACAAGUUAAAGAAGAAGCAGGAGAGUUUCCAGCGUCUGCAGACGGAGAAGGAGGUUCUCUACAACGACAGCAGGACAAAGAUCGAUGAAAUCAACCAGAGGAAAGAAGAAGAGCUGAAGGCCUCGAACAUCAGGAUCCAGAAGCUGCAGACGGACCUCAUGGCAGCCAAUCAGACGACAGCAGAACUGAGAGAACAACUGCAGAGCAAAGAGAAGGAACAUGAGGUGGCUCUGCACACCCUGAAAGACCAGGUAGCCAAUCAGAGCGCAGUGAGUCAGGAGCAGGUGGACAACAUCCUGCAGGAGAACGAUGCUCUGAGGACAAACCUAGCUGCUCUAGAACAGAUCCAGACGGUGAAAACUCAGGAGAUGAAUCUGUUGAGGGAACAGCAGGAAGCUCUGACGGCCGAACUGCAGCAGAGACGAACCGAACAGGAGAACCUGUUGGCUCAGAGGGACGACCUGGACUCUCAGCUGCAGGAGUCGAGUUUCGCCAACAGGAAGUUGUUGGAGCAGCUGACGGAAGAAGGUCAGGAGAAGGAGAAGCUGCUGAGGGAGCUGGACGAGGCCAAGAAGACGGCGGAGAAGAGGAAGUCGAUGCUGGACGACAUGGCCAUCCAGCUGAACCAGGAGAAGUCCGACCACAAGGAGGCGCUGUCAGACCUCAAACUGCAGCACGAGAAGGAGGUGACUGGGGUCAGGGCUCGCUAUGAGAAGGAGCUUCGAGGUCUCCAUGAGGACAAGAAUCGAUCUGAGGAGGAAAUCAGACAACAGCUCCGAGACGAGAAGGCCCGGUCCAAGGAGCUGGAGUCUUUGCAGCCUCGGCUGGAGGAGCUUCAGGCUCAGGUUCAGUCCAUGGAGGGAACCAAAGGCUGGUUUGAGAGACGACUGAAGGAGGCAGAGGAGAACAUCGAACAGAACUCUCUGCAGCAUCAGGAGGAGGUGGAACGUCUGCAGAAGGAGCACGGUGUCCAGCUGCAGGAGAAGCAGGAGGAGAUGGAGGGACUGAAGCAGCAGCUGGUGGAGGUGGAGAAGCAGAAGGACGAACACGUGGACGCCAUCGGGAAACUCAAACAGGAGAUCAAAGACACCGUGGACGGACAGAGGAUCCUGGAGAAGAAGGGGAGUGCAGCGCUGAAGGACUUGAAGCGGCAGCUGCAGCUGGAGAGGAAGCGAGCCGAUAAACUGCAGGAGAGACUCCAGGAGAUUCUGACCAACAGCAAGACCAGGACAGGUCUGGAGGAGCUGGUUCUGUCAGAGAUCAACAGUCCCAGUCGGACCCAGCAGACCGGAGACUCGUCGUCUGUCUCGUCCUUCUCCUACAGAGACAUGAUGAAGGAGACUCAGCCGACCAAUCAGAACAAGUCUGGAGGAGGAAGUCCUCAGUCCCAGCGUCCGGCCGAGCUGUCCGAUGACGAGGUUGGAGAGCUGUUCCAGCGCCUGGCGGAGGUCCAGCAGGAGAAGUGGAUGCUGGAGGAGAAGGUGAAACAUCUGGAGGUGAGCUGCUCGUCAAUGGCUGAAGACAUCUGCAGGAAGAGCGCCAUCAUAGAGACCUAUGUGAUGGACAGCCGCAUCGAUGUUUCCGGCUCGGCGGUCGGAGGUCACGGAGGUUCUCAGGGAGAUCGUGGAGGUCUGAGUUCCGUUCUCAGAGAUCUGGUGAAACCAGGAGACGAGAACCUGAGAGAGAUGAACAAGAAGCUGCAGAACAUGUUGGAGGAACAGCUGACCAAGAACAUGCACCUGCAGAAGGAUCUGGAGGUUUUGUCCCAGGAAUUAGUCCGUCUCAGUAAAGAGAACAACCCUGGAGCUGCCGCUGGGUCGGGAUGAGACUAUCACAUGGAUCCUCUCUGUCCAUUCCCCUCCGCACCUGGAUGUUUGGGCUGGGCUCAGACUAACACCUGGAUAUGAACUUUUCUUCUCCCCCUCCACUUCCUGUUCACAACCUAAGACCUGCUGUGGGCUCUGAGUACUUCUUGGAGCUGCUAUGAUUUCAACACCUUGGAUGUGACUAAAUGCUGGAGUGCAGAAGAAGAAUAACGUAAAGACGAGGAGAAGUCACUGUUGAAUGUACUAUUAUUAGACCACCACCGCUCUACUCUGUUGGGUCCUGGCUACAACCUGGAAAGACUUGUUAUUUCUAUUGUAACUGACUGCAAAUCUUCACUGUGUCUGUCUGCUGGGCCUGGCUAUGUCCUGGAGCAUCUGAACUGACGUGAUUGUGCAGUAACUCUGUUGUGAUCUGGCUACUUCCUGGGCUUCCAUCCGCUAAACAGACAGCGCCGCUUUACUGAAUGUGUGGGAUCUGUCUAUGACCUGGACUGUUGCUCUCAGCUGCACGUCAUGGCUUUCAUCAGCUGGUUGUCAUGGAGACCGUUGUUGAAGACCAGGAGGUGUGGCUGAAACACAGUUAUUGAUUAUCCUCUGAGCUGAUCGAUCAUCUAUAAAUGAUCAGAUCAAUGAAAUCUGCAGACUAAAAACUGUCAAUCACGUUGUAGCCGGAUGUGACUACGUUCUGGAUCAGGUAGUCCAAAUCAACGUAAACAAAAAUCUGAAACCAGCUGUUUUAGGCUGCAGCUGCUAAACUAAUCAAUACAAAUAGUAAUUAUGGAUCAGUGGUGAUUAUCGGUAAAUAUUCAGCUCCAAUACCAGACGGUAGCCUGAUCCCGCCACUCAGAGUUCAUUCAUGAAUAAUUUAAAACUUCUCCAAACGUCUGAUUUUUUAACCUGCAGAUUGGUUGAUAACGUAUUGAUCUGCUUUUAACUAGAGAACCUGAACUUGUUUGCAUUGUAGCUUCAUAAAUAACAGAAAUAUAUAGUCGCCUUUAAAGAAUCUUCAGAUUAAAAACAAACCAGUUCAUGUGUAGGUCGGUUGUGGCUACAUCCUGGAAAGUCAUUUACUAACUGAUUGUAUCUUUGGAUUGAUUUAACUGUUUUCUGUGUCUGUGUCGGGCCGUGACUACUUCCUGGAGCUCGCUUCAGUCUUCAGUGUCUUUUGAUUUUAUUAAAAAAAAAAACUUUUCAUGCAGUUCGACUCCAGUUUCAUCGAAACACAGCAGGGACGCCAAAUGGUGUGGGCCGGUCUAUUUACUGGAGCAUUUUGAGGGCUUUAUUGGAAAGAAACAAAAAAAAGCAAAACUUCUGACACUGAAAUCUGAAGUUUAUGUUUGAGUCACUGGAGAAAUUUGGACGUAACUUUAUUGAAACUCAGUUUUGCUUCGGCACCAUUUGGCGUCCCCGAAUGUUUACACAAACUCAGCGGUUCUGCUUUUUAUUUGUUUGUUUGUAAUGAUGUAACGCUCUCUGGGGCUCCGUCUAUGCCUUGGAUCACACUUCCAUCCUCAGCAGGGACAACAAAUGGAGCAGAAGAUUAAAGUUUCAGCUUCCAUUUGUUGAAUUCUUGUGUCGCGCCGGGUCUAUUUUAUGUUUUGUGUUUAAAUCUGAUGAACUUUAGACACUUUUUCUGUCUGCUUUGCCUUCAUUUCUGGGAUAUUUUGUUUGCUCACUGGAGCCCAUCUACAUCCUGGUGUAGAGCAUAAUCCAGGAUGUAGACGGGCCCCACGUCUACAUCCAAGACGUAGAUGUGGGGCCCGUCUACAUCCUGGAAUACACUCUAUACCAGGCAACCUUGUGCUGGACUUAAAGCUUGUAACGGGCUUUGUGUUUUAUGUUGCCUGUAUAUUGCUGGGUUGUUUAUUUUUUUGUUUGUUGCUCACUGCAGAAAACAUCAAUCUGGUGUUAAAAUCUCAACCUGAGGGAGGAAAAAUGUGACUCGUGCAGCUUUAUAAACUCUUAUUCUACCUUAAAUCAAACCUUAAACACACAAUUCUUAAAAAGUGCAAAAAGAACUGAAAACAUCAACAAAAUAAAGUUGUUGCAUGAGAUCUCGGUCGGUGAGUUUUAAAAUCGGAUGUUAGAACCGGACUGACCGGGCGGGAUUGGUCUGUGUGCUGGGCAGUGGCUGGGUCCCGUCUCCUGCUUGUGUUUUUGUUUUUUUAGGUCUGUAUAUAAACGCUGUGAUACGACUCCUAACUGUAUGAAGAAUCUAUUUAUGACUGAUGAUCAUGACGCUAAUUAUUGUAACUACCAGAAAAUGUGAUAAAAUUCUGUCUGACAACGAA